AUGGGGAACCCGCAGCGAGGCACGAAGAAAAAGAAGCAGAACAAGAAGGGGAAGACUUACAAUGUGGUAAGAAAACAGCACGGGGGAAAGCCGAAAGACCAUGAUCAGGUAGAAUUCUAAAGUUGAAGCUCGAUGUAGUUGUUGCGCGAAUUGCAUCAGAAUAAUGAGGACCACUUUCGAAAAAUUGCGUGACAAAAAUCUUCACUCUUUGUAUUGCAUGACAAAAAUCUAAAUCACUCUCACUCGAGUGUUGAAAGCGAAAGCUUUGUAUUGCUUCAUCACUAUGAAACCCCAGGUUCACGCCAACUUAAAGCCGGAGAACCGGGCGAAGAUAGAAACGGAAACCGCGAAGAACUGCGACGAAGAUUUGCCAGGUUUGGGCAGGAAUUACUGCAUUUCCUGCGACCAGCAUUUUGUCACGAAAGAAGCGCGAGACGCCCACUUCAAGUCAAAGGCGCACAAAAGGAGGCUAAAGGCAGUUCUAUCCGACCCGCACACGCAGGCGGAGGCCGAAGAAUUGGGGAAACAUUAGCAGAGCAGAUUUGUGUAUUAAGAAAGAAGUGCACAAACGUCAGUGAAGCACGUUUUUUUUACAGACGCGGUUGUUAUUGCGACCGAAGAAAAAAAAGCCUAAACUGGAUUCCUGGAAAAAUCUCUUUCCAGCAACCUGCGCGGGUCAAUGUCCCUACUCUUGGCUUUGAUUUCGCGCGGCGUUUAAGAUGCAACAGCACGUGAACUACGUCUGUUCGAUCGUCAUUUGUGCAACAGAUAAUUCUUUUGUUGGUGUAGUGGAAUUCCUGCAACAGACAAUUCACGCUGGUGCGACUACUGGUCACUGGAAAAGAAAGGACUGAUCUUGUACUUCAGGUGGCGAUUUUCGAAGAUGAAGAUUAAAAAAGAGAAGUAG